AUGCCUCCGCCAGUGAAUCUGGACGAUCUGCUUGAUCCUGAUCAGUUGAAGGAUCCCCCGUUGAAAGACGGGCUUCGUUCGACGAAGGGCAAGCCCAAGUCAGACGCAGACCUCACAGCAGCCGCUCGAUUUUAUACCGAACUAAAAAAAAGAAAAGACCCAGCCGUCAGGAAGCAACUCUCCAUCCAACGUCUACAGGAAGGUUUUCGGCCUUGGGAACGGUGGUUGGCAGCACAUUUAUGGGCCGAUAUCACUCAAAGUCUGGAGAGCCGGUUCGAAACAGCGAAUCUAGCUUCGCAGGUGCACUUGCAGCCACACUCUACGCUUCUUUCCAUGCUGGAAUGCCAGGUUCAACGUCACCAAUGUGAGCGCAAACAUGAUGAAGAGGAACUGGCCGAAGCCAAAGCCAUCGUCGCAUUUCGUUGGGGCGAGAAUUGGUCUACUAUAUUGAACGUAGACCCGGCCAAGUUGACCACCCGCACCGAAGGGGGAGGCCGCGGGCGUCUGUGGAAGACCAUCCGAGCAUGCUCGAACAUGUUCAAACUGGACGACGUCAAAGCCAUGGCGUUAUGGAAUUCUCCAGAACGCCAUGCACAGGACAAGGUCGACAUGUGGCAAUGGUGGAAAACGCAGUACCGGUCUGUGGAUGGGACUAGCUAUGCCCAAGCGACCAGAGAUUCAUCCGGAAUGGCUCACAUGGUAUCGGAGCAAGAGCCGAAUUCGAGCCGGGAGACUUUGGCCGCUCAGCCUAUGGAGCCCAGCAAGACCGUGGUUGUCCCUUCAGCAGUCCUGACAGGACUUGCCUCAACCACGCCCCCUCCCGCUCUGCCGAGCGAUUCCUUCCACCGGGUUUACACAUUCGCCGAUAACGUUCUUAACUCUGGCGACCGUCAUACUCUCUCCUUGUCAAUUCCAACUACAUGUGAAGCCGUCAUUAAGUUUCUGGAUUUGGCGCUUCCUAAGGUCACCCACCCCUGGAUUGUUCGUCCGUCGUUAUCAUCGAAACUUCCCGCCGAUUGGAACGACCACCCACUCUUGACUCCAAAGACCAGCUGCCCGGGCGGGCAUGUCGCGUUUAUGGACUCGUCCAAGCCAAAUCAGCCGACCUCCUUUCAAUCAUACAUUCUUCCUUUCACAUCAAAGGCCUUUCCCGAUGGGACUUGGCAAUUCUACGUUGCGGCAAAAGAUCAAGGAGUUUGGACAGCUCGCGAUCCAAUCGCCGGUCUUCCGCUACGAGAAUUCGUAGAUUUGGCGGGUUCAUCAUAUGCCGCCGCCCACUUGGUUUACGAGGUGGCAUCGAUUACGGUGCUUCGAACAAUGCUAGCACAUGUCCACGCUCCGGCAUUGACACAACACGAUCUGAUUCUUCAAAAGAACAAAAUCGGGUCGCGUUAUGGCAAGGAUUUCGUCGACGGAAGCCGCUCUCACUUCUGGCAAGCCGUCUGGCCGAGGGAGGUGGCGGAACAGAACGAUCCCGAUAACCCAUCCAUUCCCCAUCCUGUACGGGAGGUACGGGCCUUGCUAGACCAUCUCGAAUCGAUCUGCCGGCCUCCCACAAGGGUGCACUUUCUUUCCGCCCAUUCACUCUUGCAUUUUGGAUCGGACAAACGCAGCUGUUCUUCGGUGUGGACCAACUUGUGCGGCUGGGCAUUCCUUCUCGUUUUGUCGGAGAAUUCCCUCGCGGGACCGACCUUUGACUUUAUACCGGUCCCUGCCGGAAGGUCGGUUCAUAUACCACCCUGCUUCUCGUUCACAUUGGUCACCGCAACGAAUACAAUGAUAGUGGAGGAUUGCGUAUGGGCUUGUUCUUUGUUGCGUCUGUAUCGGACACACCUCCUACUCCAAGAGGGAUCUUUCUCAACGACGCCGCAACAAGAGUAUCCAGAAUUGCCUGGUCGAGAUAUCACGCCUGCGGAACCGAAAGAGACCGUAAUUCUGCGUCUUCGGUGGCUCGCCUUGGAAGCCUGUUUCCAGCAAUGGACGUCAAAGGAUGGUUCUAUACCGACCGAAUUCCAACAGGUCGUCGAUGAGGCGCUGCAUACUUGCACGGCUCCACUCAUGCUGGUUUCCCCUUCCCAGCACAUGCAAAUAGUCUACGACCAGAUCCGGCUACUGAUUCAACGACUGAGUACCCUGAAGGACUGGCGUGGUGCAGCUCGGCUGCGCAGGGCGAUUCGGAACCCUCAAUGA